UAUAACUUCUCCGUAAAAUAGCCUUUCAGUAAAAGAGGUUGAAAAGAGGUGAGCAUUGCUCUCGUUUGAGUGCUUACACCCCAAAUUUACUAAGAAAAUCACCCUUAUAGAAAACUUCUUUCAAUGACGUCACACAUUUAUUAUGAAGUUAUAGGGGAAUGAGGUCAUUUCUAAGUUCCAAAGGAAAAAAUUCAUUGGAAUUCAAUAAAUGUGGAAUUAAAGAAAAAUAACUUCUUAAAAAAUGAACUACCAUAAACAGUGCCACUUUACAAUGGAGACUUUGUCUUCCACAGCAGUGCCCCCAAAGGGUGGUGGGUCUCUGGGGAAGAAGAAAGAAACCAUGGGGUCUGCAGAGGUGGAGGAUGUGGUGAUGGAGAGGCCUCCAGGGGUCCCUAUGACCAAAGCUUUGGGCUCACAGGUGAGAAUAAGGACUCUGAAAGCUCAACUAAAUCUACUCUCUAUUCUCAGAGGUCUCUAUCCAAGAGGAAAAUGCCCAAGAGUCAACAACAUCCCAAACAAAAAGUCAAAGCUCCAGGCACAGGAAGAUUCCAAAACAAUCCGAGAGCUCUUUUCCUUCAUCUUCCACCAAGCAGACCUCUCACUCCUCUAGCUACGGGGCUACUUCAGAGAAGGGAUGGGUCAGGUGUGCACAUUUCACCCAGGUGCACACAGUCAAGGGGGUGGCGGUCGCCUGGCAGACCAAAACCUCCUUUGCACCCAUGGGCAAGAUGCCCCAGGUCUUUGAGGCCGAGCUCUCUGAGGAGAGCACCAUCGGCUCUGCCCCCAGACUGGCCAACACUGAGUCCCUGGUCAGCAACCUGGAGCCCUGGCAGGAGGAGCCCCAGACCUAUACCCAGGAGCCCACCGACCAAGAGGAGGAGCAUGGGGAGAGACCCUGCGCAGCCACCCCGGAGUGGCUGGUGACCCGUGAGCACGGCUUCCGCUGCGUGGCCUGCUGUCACGUGUUCGAGUCCCGGGAGGCCCUGGUUGCGCACGCGGCGCAUGCUGUGAGCCAGGGCUUCAGUUGCGGGGUCUUCUUUGAAGAGCUGCUGGAGAGGCGGCUGCCAAGCUCAGUCCAGCGCAGGCCCCAACGCUGCCACCAGCUGGCCAGGCGUUACCUGAUGGCCUCCAAGAAGAGGGAGGUGAGGGAGAAGAGAGCGGUCUGCAGGCGCCUGGAGGAGGAGCUGGAGAAGCAGAGAGAAGAACUGAAGAGGCUGAGGCACCAGCUGGACAGGCUGCAGAGGCAGGCCAGGCUGCAGAAGGCGCACCACCAAGGCCAGAGGGGGAAGCGCCUAAAGACCUGCUAGCACCCUGGGACUAGGAGGAGCAGGGCCUUUGGGCUGGAAACACGGGCCCUUCAGGAGAGACCUCCAUUCAGGUUCGUUUAACCCAGCUCCCCUGGAAGAUCCUACCCUCCUUCCCCUCUGACCACCAGCCUUCCACCCCAAGGGCACAAAGAGCUCCAGCCCUGAGGGGGAUCUGGAUGGAAGAAGCCCCAGAUAGCUGACCACAGACACCAGGUCCCCUCAGAGACUCCCCUGGCCCAGGAGAGGACAGGACAGGCCUCAUCUUGAUGGUGAGAUCUUGGGACCCUAGGGAUGAGCACAGCAUAAGUAGGGAAAGGGAAAUGGGAUUUCAGUGGGACUUGGGAGGCUAAGGGGGACCCUGUUGAGGUGUGAUGGUGAAGGGGGUAUCACUGAGUUCUUUGGAGGAGAAGGAAUCAGAGAGAUGGCAGGGUGUCAGGAAACCUGCCUGCAGGUGAGCAGUGGGCAUAAAGCCCUAAACCAAGGACUCUGGGUCCCUUCCCAGCAGCAUACAGGCAGAGAAAGAGGUAGGGCUUGGCAGGAGGAGAGGAGGGCCCGGUGAAGGAAAAUGAAUUCACCCCAGCCAUGUCUUCUGGUCUCCUAGGGUGAAUUUGGGGUUCUGAUUAGGAUGCAUUGUUGUUGCCUCAUUAGGGGAAUGUAACUGGGAGAUGGUGUAGAAAAAUCCCCCUGGGUGUUAACCAUUUCUGGAUAAGAGUUGAUCCAGCGCUUGCAGGGUAUUUCUUGUAGAGUAUGUCCUCGGGUAAGAGGUAGAGCUUUGGAACUUUUUCUUCUCCUUUAAAUAAAGCUAUGCAUUCUGGUUCUUGACACGUCAAUAAAUCUUGUUAAUUUUUUUUUCCCCCCUGUGGUGAAAUCUGACCUGUCCCGAGGUCAAAGAACUGGAAGAAAAAGGCCCUCUGAGGUGAAAGAAGCAAAAGAGAGGAGAGGCUUCUGAACCUGGGGAGAACAGCGAGAACACAUUUGACCAGAGUUAUAGAGACCAGAAGAGCUCAUUGGUUCCAAGAACAAGAAGAAAUGCACUGGAUCUCAUUAUUACUGUCUGUGGUGUGCUCUCCUUCCAGUGAUUAAAAUCUUUUGUCUGUCAUUAUAGAAAAUUUUCACCUAUUUAAAAUAUCUAAUGAAACACAUUAAAAUAUACAUGUAUCUAUGAUGUUUAUCAAUUUCCAAAGUUCUGAAAUUGUUUUUUAUUACAUUUGCAAGAUUACAGAUUUGUAUGACAAAAAAGUUCCAUCAGGGUCCCACCCUCAUAUGUAAUUUGCUCCCACUCCCCCAAGGUAUCCAAUGUUAAUAGACACAUGUGUAUCCUUCCCCACACCUCUCUGCGGGGACACAUAUACACAGUCACAGGUACACAAGUACAUCUGCUGGGAUGUUUGCUGUUAUGGAGACUUCGUCUCACUCUACCCACAUUGCUCUCGCCCCUUCUUUCACUUGACAUGCUACCUUGAUUCUCUGUAAGUCAUUAGAUAUGGCACUAACACUAUAUUUUGGGGUCUUUAAUUUACAUGAAUAAUUUAAAUAGAUGGUAUCAACUCAGUACACUUUAUCUGGACUUCUACAUGUUGUUGUUAGAAGCUAUCAAGUCAGUUCUGACCCACGGUGACCCUAGGCACCACAGAACAAAACUCGGCCCCGUCAUUGCAAUCCUAAUAAUCGUUGCUAUAUUUAAGCACACUGUUGCAGCCACUGUAUCAAUCUCAUUGAGGGUCUUCCUCUUUUUCCCUGGACCUCUGCUUUACCAAGCAUGAUGUCCUUUUCCAGGGACUGGUCCCUCUUGAUAAGAUGUCCAAAGCCAUCCUUACUUCUAAGGAAUAUUCUGGCUUUCUCUGCUUAAGACAGAUUUAUUCGUCCAUACAUAACACUACUAAUACGGAAGCAUUAUCAUCCAUGCUUUUUAAGUCCACUCUUCCUGCAUGUUCUACUUCUCCUCCUCCUGUUCUUUCCCACAAGUGAAUCCAAGGUAAUUCAGGUUAACAAUGUAGUAAGUCGUCUCUCCUAUCCUUGCUUAAACAAGCACACACAGACAUACAUGUAUCCUCAUCUUAUCAUUUAUACACACACAUAAACAUCAACAGGUAUUCAAGCAUAUUCAAACAAUUGAUAUUGUUUAACCCAGAUGUGCUCAUUUUAUAUACACUUCUCUGCACCUUGAUUGUUUCAGUAAUACUUCCAUAAUACUUCAUAGAGAGUUCUCCCACUCAACUACUACAACUCUUUUUCAUUCUAAGGACUCCCUGUUUUAUUGAUGAUGUAGCUUUACCAUAAGUUCUCUAUCAUUCCACCAUCAAUGGACAAAGUUUGGUCAUAUUAAUAAUAACUAUCCUUUCUAUAAUAUAGGAUUUGUUUCUGUGGAAUAGACUCCACAGAGUGAGAUUUCCAAUUCAAAGAAUGUUAAAAGUACAGAGCCACGGCCAUGUCUCUCCCCUAGAGGCUGCCAUAAUGCACCUUUCCAGCCACGUCUCAGGGUAUCCUUCUCUCCACAGCCCAGCCAGCCAUAGGUGGUGCUGAUUUUCCAAUUCUGCCAGUUUCACUGGCAGUUUGAUAUUUUCUUAACUUGGGCUAUGUUUACUGGGCAUGUGGAUUUGCUCUGAAUGAACUGUUUGAAUUCACUGCUCAUUGUUCAAGUGCUUAACUUUUAUCCUUCUGUGUAAAAUGGAAAUUGUUAUUAAGCCUUGUCCUCUCCAUUUCACAUGAUUUUCCAAAUCUAUCAUUUGUGUAUCACAUUUUUGCAAGUUUGACCCCCAGAACAAUCACUUGAGUCAGCACCAUUUAUUAAAUAAAUAUAAUUUUCUUGAAAUGCUACCUUUGUAAGUUAUUGUGACUUCUUAACAGAUUUUCUGUUUCAUUGGUCUACUUGUCAGCU